CUCCGCUCGGAAUUCGCGCUGUGCAGCGAGAAGCCAAUCGUGGUCUUCUGGGCUCGACGCCAAGACGGCGACCGCCAUCCUCUAGGUUCUAUAACGAUCCUGCGCUUUGUCCCGUUUAUUGUGCAUCGUUCACAAUGCGCAUUGUAGGCUUCCCGCCGCACUCUGGCAGCGGUCUAUGCGCUUUGUCUGGUGUUGCGCUAUAUAACCCCCGUCGGUAGCUGCGAAAUCCCUCUAACACCACCGACAGCCUUCCACAGUAGCGACCCCAUAACCACUCUCUCGUUAACCCUUAACGCCGCGCCGUGCCGCUCCCACGCGAAACACUCAUUAUCGACUCUUGCUCGCCUAAACCUUUGUCGCUCCGACCACCCACCACACCCUAUGGCCUCGUACAACCUGAAGCGCCAGUACCCGGGCUUCCAAUACUCCCCCGCGUCCUCCCCGCGGACCUCCCGGUCUACCGCGUCGUCGUCGUCCCCGCCCGCGUCACCCACCUCCACCACAUCCUUUUCCACCUAUUCCACUUCCGCAAGUAGUACCGGCAGCCUGCGCACCACGCCCGACCCGCGCGUGCUGCGUGACCCCGCGCUCGUUCAUGUCCACCGCUCGCUUUGGCCGCCACUAACAAGCGACGACGAGCGCUCGCUCGCAGCCAUCCUCGAGCGCCGCGUAAAGCGUGCCAUCGCCGAACGGCAGCUGCUCGAGAGCACGAUCGCCCGGCCCCCGCCGAUGCCGCGCACGCCCGAAAAACGCAAGUCACUUCCGGCCCGGGUCCGGAGUGCGCCGAAAUCCGCGCCGGCCGCACCCGCCCGGGACUCCCCGCCCUCGCCGGCGGCGUCGCGCUGCCCCGCGGCGUACAACCUUGCGCCGAUGGACAUCCCUCUCACCGACGCGCUCGUCAGCUUCGCAUGGAGCGCCCGCGCGCCGCCGACCACGUGGCAGCGCCUCACGGGCGGGAACACGACUGUCGAGUGCUUCUACUGCCGCAAGACGUUCAAGGGCAAGGGCGCGCUCAUCAGGCACCUCGACCCCGAGGGCUGGAAGUGGCGCCGGGAACGCGGGCAGGCGUAG